CGCAAUGAAAACUCGGUCUCUUACGCCAUCGUGCAGUCAAAUCAUCCUCGUGUUUAUCGACGGAAAAGCUCUUUUAUGACAUUUUACCAGGAUAUCGACUUCACUUCUGUUUAAUAUUUGUACAAACGGACCAAUAUGAACCAAGAAAAGGUAUCAAAAUUAAAAAGUGGAGUUCAAAUAGGUGGAAAGGGCACACCCAGAAGAAAAAAGAAGAUAGUUCGCAGAACAGCUGGAGCAGAUGAUAAGAAACUUCAGAACAACCUCAAGAAACUUUCUGUGAACACAAUUCCUGGAAUUGAAGAGGUUAACAUGAUCAAAGAUGAUGGGAUGGUUAUUCAUUUUACUAAUCCAAAAGUGCAAGCUUCUCUGCAGUCCAACACUUUUGCUGUGGUUGGUCAGUCUGAAAUAAAGACAAUUGCAGAAAUGCUCCCUGGAAUUUUGAAUCAGUUGAGUAGUGAAGGCCUGACUAGUUUAAGGAGGCUGGCAGAGAAAUUCCCAGGUAUAUGUAAUAGACAAAUUUUCGUAGUGUCCUCUACACUCUUGGUAUCGGGGUGUUGAUGUGCCAGCGAUAUACUGGGUUGUCAAUAAAACAAUGGGAACUUGCCUCAA